AUCAUUUACAGACAAAGAAGAUAAGUGAUUGAGAGUGAAAAUGGCGUCGAUGAAGGAAACAGCGGCCAACGUUGCAGCCUCUGCUAAGGCUGGCAUGGACAAGACCAAAGCCAGUGUCCAAGAAAAGGUAGAUAAAAUGUCAACAAGUGACCCGGUGCAGAAACAAAUGGCAACUGAGAAGAAACAGCAUAAAAAAGCAGAGGCGGAACUGAACAAACAGGAGGCGCGUGAGCAUAACGCAGCUGCCAGGCACGUUGAGAAGGCUGGCGGUCAUACUGCUACUGUCGGUGGUGCACCUACUGCUGGCUAUGGAACGCAAACUCAUACCCACACCGGGGGUCCUGGUUACCCUACUGGUGCUGUGCCUUACGGUGGAGAAGUUGACUCAUCUGGGUUAGCCAGGACUGAGCCAACUGGGUUGCCUGGUCACACCACAGGACAUAACCCGCGAGUUUAGUGCACCUUCACCAUCGGGUGGAAUUGUCGGGUCUCGGUUUAGUCUCUGGUCCAGUCAGUGUUUCAAUUUAUGGAAUAUGUCCAUCUGUUUUAAUGUUUUUACUUUUUAGUUUGGAACAGUUUUAUGUAUUUAGUAUUUACUUGAAUAAACUAAAGUGAACAUUUCCGUUUUA